UGUAACUAACGGAAAUUGCAGCUCCAUCAGAGGUAAACAGUUCAAUGAUGUCCACAGAGCAAGGUUCGUAUCUUAUAUUUUCAACACAAUAUGGACAGACUCUGAAGAGCUGGAUAUAGUUAGCAGAAUAAUGAAAAUUAAUAAACAUCUGGGGAAGCAGUAUACAGGUGGAGAUAUCAAUGUUGACAUUACCAGAGCUGCUAAAUUAUGCCAAGGAAAUGACAACCUUUGUUUAUGGACAAUCUCAAAAGAUGGCAAUGUUUAUAUACCUUACAUUUUCAAAGCAAACUUUGAUAAACAGCAGCAGAGAGUCAUAAUUGCUUCUUUAAUGCAAUUCAACAUUUUGACAUGCAUCAGAUUUAUACACAGAACAAAUCAGGAUGAGUACCUUGAGUUCACUAAUGGAGACGGAUGUUGGUCAUAUAUAGGACCAAGGAAGGGAAAGCCACAAGAAAUAUCACUCUCUGCAAGUGGUUGUGUACAUGUUGGUAUAAUACAACAUGAAGUGAUGCAUGCACUUGGUUUUCAUCAUGAGCAUACCAGAAAUGAUCGUGAUAAAUAUAUUGAUAUCAUAAUAAAUAAUAUUGAACCAGGUAGUUAUGGCAAUUUUAAAAUAAAACCGUCUAACAACUUGGGAGCACCAUAUGAUUAUGGAUCAAUUAUGCAUUAUGGAAGGUAUGUUUUUUCGAAAGGUCAUGGUUUUCCCACCAUUCUGCCCAAACCAAAUCGAACGGUACCGAUUGGACAAAUAAGAGGACUGUCUGAAUUAGAUAUUAUAAAGAUAAACAGACUGUAUAAUUGCAGUUCUCUUGCAGUUCAAAUAUUUUCAUGUUCAAGAAUUCUUAGGCUGCAUUCGUUCACAUGUAAGGAUUUAUGAUGGUGCUACAACAAACUCACCAAUUAUUAAGGGACCAAUUUGUGGCCAAAUAGCUCCAGCAGUGAUCUCUAAAUCCCCAACAUUGCUACUUGUAUUUUUAUCGAAUGGCAUAAAAGAAACACUGGGAUUUAUUGCUUUGUAUCAAUUCGUUCAAUGUGGGACUAUGAUAUUUACUUCUGAUGUAAAACAUGGCAUAAUUGAAUUCAAAGGUUCCUCAAAAACAGAAGAUGAGUCAAACUGUUUUUGGAUUGUCCAGUCAGAAAGCUCACAUGAGAUAAUACUUAACAUUACUCUCUACAACUUUGAAACAUCUCUCAAGUGUACAAGAGCUUAUUUGCAAAUUCAUGAUGUUUCUAAAGCUCCUCCUGAAAAUAAAGGGAAGUUCUGUGGUGCAGAAGCAGUGCCUGUGGUUGAGGGUCAUUCCCUUCUGUUAGAAUUCAAACAUCCUGGGACAGAGAAUCAGUCUGGAUUUAAAGUUGGCUACAAAUCUUUGUCACAAUCGAAGAAACAAAGAGAUGCGGUUUCUAUUCAGCAAAGUCAAUUCAAUGCAUUUAUACUGACAUUGUGUACAUUGCUGAUUUACUUGUUUAUAAUGUAAUUUAUGCAGAACAGUCAGAAGCUGCUUUUGUUUUAAUCUUUGCACAUUGAUGUCCAUUGGAUGGAAAAUGAUUUUCAGAUAAUUUGGAGCUCAUUGGUCAUUUGAAAUGUUUUGAAAGAUUUUACACAAACUUAAUCAAAAUAUUGAAUGUGAACUUUUGCCACACUAAGUAGAGUCCUAUGCUUAAAUGGACAUAUGGAAGUAGUUUACAGAGUCGUAAAAUGCUGCAGUUAAAGAAGUAUAGAAAUUAUUUCAAAAUUUCAGUGAAAAUUUGUUAAUGUCAAAUAGGUAAUGUACCUUUAAACAAUUCCAACUUUGUGAAAAUUGUAUAUAUUACUGAGGAAUAUUGCUUGAUUUGAUUAGAUGGCCCUUGCCUUAAGCAUUCAGAAAUGAAAUUCAUCUUCGCUCAUUGUGCAAAGCACGCUCAUAGCAAGUUACCAGCGCAUUUUAAACAGUGCCACGUUUGUUGUAAUUUGUUGCACAGGAAACAGACCUCAGACAGUCAGUGUAUCACUAUUUAUAUGUUUAGCAUUAGUGGCAAACACAAAUUUCACGUCCACAUUUUUCCCAUAUCCCUUAAGACCAUAAGACAUAGGAGUGGAAGGAAGGCCAUACGGCCCAUCGAGUCCACUCCGCCAUUUAAUCGUGGCUGAUAGGCAUUUCAACUCCACUUCCCUGCACUCUCCCCGUAGCCCUUGAUCUGUAGAUCAAUUAUUUCUCUUUUCACUCAAAGAACUUCUUUUAAAAUAUUUUGAUCUGCACAGACAGAAUCAAUCCUUUUAAAAAGAAAUUGCAGAAAUGUCAAUACUUUAUUUGAAUGCAAUAGUCAUAACUUUGUAGAGGCUAUAUCUGCAGUAACUAAAUAACAAUAGCCAUAAAAAUUUGAUUUUGGCUCCAGGACAAACUUUACAAUAACCUCGAGGACAAUAACAUGAUUUGUUCACAAGUGUUUUGCUGGUUGUUAGUUUUCAACUGAACUCUAAGUUAACAAUAAAAUAAAUUACCCAAUGCUUGUUUUUUCACUCAGGUCCAACAACAUUUUCACUGGCUCAAAAUUUAUGGUUUAUUCAUUUCAGUCAUGUGGCAUGUUAAAUUCUGAAAGUAAA